AAAGGUUUCGCCGACAUGUUCCGUUUCAUUACAUUGUUUGCUCUAGUGAGCGCGGCUUUUGCCGGCACCGUACCCAGUAACGACUUUUAUGGUCGUAUCGUUAAAGGUGUGGCUACAUCCAUCGAGGCGCAUCCUUACCAAGUGUCUCUGCAAAAACUGAAUGGCUUCCACUUUUGUGGUGGCAGUAUCAUCGAUGAUACCACCAUUGUAACAGCGGCUCAUUGUUUGCAAUCAAUCACAGCUGAUGAAAUUCAGGUGCGUCUUGGCUCCACCUACUAUAACAAGGACGGUCGUACCGUGCGCACUCGUGCUUUCAGAAAUCAUCCUGGCUAUAAUAGCAAGACUCACGUUAAUGAUGUUGCUGUAAUCAAAUUGUCUGAGUCGGUCGCUGAAACUUCUCACAUCCGUUAUAUUCGUUUGGCCGAACGUACUCCAGCCACUGGUACUCGUGCUGUUGUCACCGGUUGGGGUGUUAAGUGCUCACUGUGGUGCACCAAGUCUCCGGAAAUUUUGCAAGAAGUUGAGGUCGGCAUUGUUGACAGGAACGCUUGUGCAUCCAAGGAAUACAAAUACGGCUCUGAAAUCGGCGAUACCAUGGUAUGUGCCUAUGAUCUCGGCAAGGAUGCAUGUCAAGGCGAUUCCGGCGGCCCAUUGGUUGCUGAGAACGAAUUGGUCGGUGUUGUGUCUUGGGGCAGAGGUUGCGGUUCAGCUGGUUACCCAGGUGUCUACAGUGAUGUUGCCGAUGAACGUUCUUGGAUCGAGGAAACCGCUCGCUCUCUGUAAGGCGUUUUUAGUUCUCUUAUAGAAAUUCGA